UUGGCUUUUGUCACUCCACCUCUCUCGUCAUGGCAAGAAGUGGAGAGCAGAAUAAAGCGCAAAGCCAGAUAAAGACAGGAGUACAUACACAGCCGCCACGUCAGAGAGAGACAGAGAGAAAGGAGGGGAGAGAUACAAAGAAAGAGGGAAAGACUAAAUAGUACUAAAGCAUGCGUUCCAUCACCUUGCUGUAGCGUAAAGAUGAAGGGUUCAUGUUUGGGUGCUUAGGAGUUGGGGAAGGAAAAGGGUGUCGCGCCGCGCUAGGGCCUCACUGAGAUCUCAGGGUGGAACCUUUUUAAUCAAAAGAUGUGCAUAUUUAAGGGACGUGCGGAUCAAACUUGCUUCUGGUCAAGAAGGAAACUGGAAUGUGAAUAAAGGCAGAGGUGUGAAAGAAGAGGAGAAGAAAAACAAACAGAAGAUAACGUGAGAGGCAGAAAGUAACAGAGUGGUAAAAAGAGAGGGAGAGAGAUGAAGUGAAUGAGAAGGAAACCGAAGGAAAAAAAACAGGAGCCCUGAAUGACAGAAAGAGAAAAGACGAGAAAGAGUCCUUCACUACCAUCAGAGAGAAACGGAGGUGGAGAGGAGACGGAGAAGGGAGGAGAAACAGAAUAAGAAGAGGAGCAAUUUGAAAGGAAACGUUUUCAUCUGGGAAUUAGGAGCAUAGGAAUCACAGAAAGUACAGAAAGGAACCACAUAACCACAGCCAGGAUGCCCACUAACGGUACAAACUGUCCACUGAAGCUGCAGUUUGGUCUGAUCAACCACGAGAGUCGCUACCUCACCGCAGAGGCCUUUGGCUUCAAGGUGAAUGCGUCGGCCCCGAGUCUGAAGAGGAAGCAGGUGUGGACAUUAGAGCAGGACUCCCAGGACCCCCAGGUGGUUUACCUCCGCAGCCAUCUGGGCCGCUACCUGGCUUCCGACAAGGAUGGCAAGGUCACAUGUGAGGCCGAGGGCCGGAACACAGACUGCCGCUUCCUAAUCGCUGCCCAGUCAGACGGCCGCUGGGCACUUCAGUCGGAACCCUACCUGAGGUUAUUCGGAGGUUCCCGGGACUACCUGUCCUGCUUCGCCCAAGUUAUCACAGAGGCAGAGUUAUGGGCGGUGCACCUGGCGCUCCACCCGCAGGCCAACCUGCUCAGUGUCGCCCGCAAGCGCUAUGCCCACCUGUCACCCGACGACGGCGAGAUCGCCGUGGACCGGAACAUUCCAUGGGGCGUGGCGGCGCUCCUGACGCUCGUCUACCUGGAGGGGAAGUACCGGCUCAAGACCUGUGACAGCCGUUACCUUGUCAACGACGGGAAGCUGUCAGCGGAGAGCGGGCGGGGCACGGGGUACACGCUGGAGCUGAAGUGUGGGAAGCUGGCGUUUAAGGACUGUGAGGGGAAGUACCUGAGUCCCAUGGGGCCCACGGGGACACUGAGGUCUGGCAGGUGCAGCAAGCCGGGGAAGGACGAGCUGUUUGACCUGGAGGAGAGCCACCCUCAGGUGGUGCUGAUGGCAGCCAAUGGGAAAUACGUGUCUAUACGGCAACGUGUGAGUAUCUCGGCAAACCAGGAGGACGAGACGGACCAGGAGACGUUCCAGAUGGAGAUUGACAAAGAGAGCAGGAAGUGUCUGUUUCGGACCAACGAGGGGAAAUACUGGGCCCUGGUGGCCCACGGAGGCAUCCAGACUACGACCACAGAGAGGUCUGCCAACACCAUGUUUGCAGUGGAGUGGAUGGGCCGCAGGGUGGCACUAAGAGCCAGCAACGGGAAAUACAUCUGCACCAAGAAGAACGGCCAGCUAGCAGCCAUCAGCGACUCCAUAGGUGAGGAUGAGAAGUUGAUUCUGAAGCUGAUAAACCGUCCCAUGCUGAUCCUGCGAGGGUUGAACGGCUUCAUCUGCCACCAUAAGAACUCCAACACGCUGGAUGCCAACAGAUCAGUCUAUGACAUCUUCACACUGCAUUUCAGUGAUGGGGCGUACCACAUCAAAGGUGAGGGAGGGAGGUUCUGGUAUGUGAACAGCAGUGGUCUGGUAUGUUCAGACGGAGAGACACCAGAUGACUUCUCAUUUGAGUUCCUGGAGCACGGACGCAUCGCCAUCCGAGGCAAGAACGGCAGAUACCUGCGAGGCCAGGGGGGCAUGCUGAAGGGCGACGGGGUUACCCCCGACAGCUCUGCCCUCUGGGAGUACUGACCGAUAUGGGGGCCACUCUACUACCCUGCCGGAGGUUACCCCUAACCACAGAUCUAGGAUCAGAUUGGGGCAGAUUUAUCAGAUUACCCUAACCCCCAAGUCCUAAAAAUGAAUGAACAGAUUGGUAAAGAAUAUCUGACACUAGACUAGUAGUUAGUGGCAACUUCUGCCUUCUCCCAUAGGUCCCUUUCUGCCCAUGUCACUCCCCUCAACCUACUCCUGGCAUGCUAGCCAAUGAAGAAGGCACAAAGAGAAAACAGACUCUUUUUACAGGGGAGGUCGAGGGAAGACAUGCGUUUAAAUGAAUGCACUAAUUGUAAGUCGCUCUGGAUAAGAGUGUCUGCUUAAUGACUAAAAUGUUCAUUUAAAAUAAGGCAGAGGUCUCAAGUUUUCAGCUCAGAAGAGCCUGGUCAGAAGAAAUGAAUCAUGUUUGCUGGAGUCAACACUGUUCAGUGAGUCAACGGCAGAUUCCAAACAACACUAUGCUUUAUAGGCUUAUGAGUUUAAAAAAAAAUGUU